AUGGAACAUUGUCACAACUCAAAAUCAAUCGUAGAGGAAAAAGACAUGAGCGAGAGCGAGAGCACUCAGGAACCAACCCCGGCCACUACCCACCCAACGCAAUCACCGGUGACCUUCGUGCCCCCGAUGACUAGCCCCAAUAUCGGGGCGCUAGCCCAAGCCACCACCCACCCGACGUAUGCGCUUGCCACCAUCACGGCCUCCGCAGCCAACUCCGAUGCACCAAGGGAUGAGUCGAUUAGGCUCUUCCAGUUCGAUGCCAUAGUGGAGGACUCCCGCAACGAUCUAGACUGGGGAUCUAUUGAUGAUGAAGAUGGUGCCUUCGAAAAGAUCGAUCCAAAGGAAGUAGCUGUUGAUGCUCUAGGGAGUGCAACUAGUGCUCUAGGGAGUGUCACUUGCCCCAGGGUGGUGCUACCAAAGGGAAGCAUUCAAGUGGCCACCUUCAAGCAUCUAGAAGCGGUAAGAGUGGAGACGCAUCUGGGCCUUGGCUCGAACACCGAAUCAAAAGAGGGCAUAAGAGAUGCCUUAACUUCGCCUAACACACAGGCAUGUAUCCAGGGCACGCGUGCCAUCACCACUACAAUAGAGUGGUGGAGGAAGAGCGAUGAUAUUGCUUCUUUGUCAUCUUCCAUUAAGUGGCCACUCUAG